AUGAGAGCCAGACGCCGGCGAGCGGGGUGCGGGGGCGGCCCCAAGGGGCGCGCGGGCCGGCGCCGCCGCUUCAACUCGGCCGAGCCCCGGGCCCUCCCAGCCCCAUGGCCCGCGCCGCGAGCUGCGCGCGGGGGCGCGGCCGGGGGGCGCCGAGGUCCGGCCGCCGCCGCCUCCUCUUGCGGCAACUCGGGCCCGAGCGCGGCGGCGGCCGCAGCGCGGACCCCGCCCGCCCGCGGGGAGUGGUCGUGCUGCAGCUCGCCUGAGCGCGGGGAGCCCUGUCCGUGUGCAGCUUGCCGCCGCCGCCGCCCGUCUGGGAGGAGGAGAGGCGAAGCUGGGAGAGCCGCCGCUGCCGCCGCCUCCUCAGCGCCACGGGGCCAGAGGCGCCCCCAGCGGCCGCGGCCGGCAGCGCACCGCCGGGCGGAAGUGGGGAGGGCGGGCGAGGAAAUUCGGGGCGGGCGGGCGCUUCGCCGGGAAACUGACCCGCGACGGCAAAGACUGGCAGAAGCAAAUCCGGAACCAAGGGGAUGUUCCUCGCCCGCUGGCGCGGAACCCAGAGGCGUCGGACCAUGCGUUCCAGGGGCAGUUGCUUCGCUGCCCACAGGGCUGCCCCCUCGGAGGCUCCCGGCUCGGCCCGCGGGUGGGGCUUUCCCACUUCUCGGGGUUCCCUUGGCGCUGCAAUACCAUGCUGCGCGGCAGAGGGGGCUUCCUGCCGCCCAUCGUGGCUGGCCAGGAACACGAGUUCGACAGCCGUUUCGAAGAGCUUUUCCAGAAGCUGGGCCUCCGCGGGGAAGGGAUGGUGGACAUCGCGGAACUGCAGGAAGGACUAGGGGCCCUGAGCUUCCCUCCGGGCGGGGAGGAGGCUCAGAGUUUAGAAACAAAGAAUGUGAAGAUAAUGAGCCAUUUAAUAGAGAUGAUGAAAGAGGGUGGAGAGGAAAUCGUACGAAUAUUCUCCAGCUUGCUCCUGAAAUAGCUGUUAAGAUCUGGUCUUAUGAACAGUAUAAGGAGUAUCUUUCUUCUGAAGGAGCCAAAUUAGGAACACUUGAGAAAUUUGCUUCUGCUUCUUUGGCUGGUGCCACUUCUCAGUCUUUUAUCUACCGGUUAGAGGUUUUAAAAACUAAUUUGGCUGUAAGUAAAACUGGACAGUACGCUGGGCUAUUGGACUAUGCCAGGACGAUCUGGAAGCUUGAAAGGAUUACAGGCUUUUACAAAGGCUACAUUCCUAGUCUUCUGACUGUUAUACCGUAUGCGGGUCUGAUACCACUCUCUAUGAGCAUUGAUAGAGAUGGAACAAUGACAGUAGACUGGGAUGAAUGGAAGAACUACUUCUUGCUUCAUCCUGCAAAAAAUAUCGAUGAAAUUGCUCACUUCUGGAAGCGUUCUACUAUGAUUGACAUAGGGGAGAGUAUAGCUAUUCCAGAUGACAUUACUGAUCAAGAAAAAAGUUCUGGAAAUUGGUGGAAGCGCUUGGUAGCAGGAGGGAUAGCCGGUGGAGUUGCAAGGACAUGCACGGCACCUUUUGACCGCUUGAAGGUCAUGAUGCAGAUUCAUAGUUUACAGUCAGGGAAAAUGAGAUUGCUGGAUGGGUUUAAGCAGAUGGUAAAAGAAGGAGGAGUUCGUUCUCUUUGGCGAGGAAAUGGUGUAAAUGUUUUAAAAAUUGCACCUGAGACGGCGCUCAAGGUUGGGACCUAUGAACAGUAUAAGAAAUGGCUUAGUUCUGAUGGUGCUAAAAUAGGAAUUAUUGAAAGAUUUAUUUCUGGUUCAUUGGCUGGUGCAACUGCACAGACAUGUAUUUACCCUAUGGAGCAUUUGAAGAAUCGUUGGCUAGAACAACACACAAGCUCUCUAGACCCUGGAAUAGUGAUUUUGCUGGGAUGUAGUACACUGUCUCAUGCUUGUGGUCAGAUGGCCAGCUUCCCCCUGAACCUUAUUAGAACUCGUAUGCAGGCUCAAGCACUGGAAGAAAAAGGAACAAUGUCUAUGAUUCAGCUCAUUCAAGAUAUAUAUAACAAAGAAGGAAAAAGGGGAUUUUUCAGGGGCGUCACGCCAAACAUCAUAAAGGUGCUUCCUUCAGUAUGCAUUAGCUGUGUGACUUUUGAAAAAGUGAGAGGACAUGUGGGAUUCACUUAGAAAGUAGAAUAUCAAAUUGUUUCCUUUACUAUGUAAGGUAAUACUUGUUUGUAAGGAGAAACUGACUUUUUUCCUGAAAGGAAAGAGAUAUCAAGUAAUUGUUAAAAUAUUUUCUUUUUAUCUAUUACUGAAUUUAUAUAUUAAAUAAUUAUUCUGUUAAAGUUCUUUUAUUUGAAAUCCUUCACACCCACAGAUUCAAUUUACAUUUCCCACUACUCAGAA